GAGUUUUAUUCUUAUGCAGUUAUAUCACUCUUCCACUCUAUGCCCUUAUAACUCAGAUGGGCUCCAAUAUGAAAAAAUCCAUUUUUGAUGAACAAACCUCAAAGGCAUUAAAGAAGUGGCAUAUGGCCGUGAAGAAGAAGGCAGGAGCUAAGGGAGACAAAUCCACGCGAACACUGGGCAGUGGAAGUCCGAGGUCCUCCGUGGGCUCGCCUCUACACUCAUCGAUUGGUCCUACACUUCAUCGGUUCAAAACUACUGGUCACUCAACACGUUUCAACGGCUAUGACGAUCUAGAAGCAUCUGACCUCGAGAACGAUCCAACUACACCGAUAAACCGUCCAGAGGACUCAAAUGCACAAGUUACUGAUGAUGAUACUGAACUUGAAGUGCAUGUUCCUCAAAAUGAAGAAUCUACUAGGAAUGAAGAUGACUUUUCAUUUUCGAAGCCUGCCCCUCAAAGGUGAAAAAGGAAGCAGGUAACAAAUGCAUAUGGUUAUCUGAGUAGUGGCUGCUUCCCUUCUUUCUACACUUCUCUUAUCUUUUUGCUAAUUCAUAUUUUUGUGUUACAUUUUUGGAGGAAUAUCAUACAAAGUAGUUAGCCAUUCCCAGAGAAUCAUAUACAUAAUAUAUUGUCUCCACUACUAUUUCUUGCCUUUUUACUAUCUUCAAUUUUAAAAGUAUACAAGAAAGGAAAUCUGGAUUUAGCUAUGAAGUUGGGUUCGAAAGUUCAAACACUAGGCAUCUCUUUUCCUUAUUAUUUGUUGUUAUA